CCGCUUUCAGUUCAAAAACGAACGCAGAACGUACCACAAGCAGGGGACGACUUUUUGGAGAGCGGAAAUCCCGAAAGAACAUUUAACGGAAAUUUAUUUCGCUGUAAAUUCAAUUCGGAAAAACAAACCAAAAGAAAAACGUAAAAGUAAAUAAACAAACAGCAAGAGAGGGGGAGAGAAACAAACAACAACAGCAAGAUCUACAAACAUGGGCUGUGCCACGACCAGCGUUAAGAUCACCUCCAUUAUACUGAAUGCCAUUUUAGGGCUUCUGGCAUUGGGCUCCAUUGGAUGGAUCGCUUACAAUGCGGACACCGAGAGCGAGGAGUUCGUCAUCGCCGCCUAUGUGGCCUGCUCGCUCAUACUCGUGUUCGCCAUGGUGGGCAUCGUGGCGGCCAUCCGAGAGUCGGUGGCCCUGACUGCAACGAGUGCCGUGUUCCUGCUGGUACUGGCCAUACCGCAGAUCGUGAGCACCUGCAUGCUGCUGCAUCAGUACGAGGUGCAAAGCGGACAGGAGACGGUGGAGGUGGCUUGGCAGGCAAACAACAUGGACGCACUGCAGCAGAAGCACGAGUGCUGCGGCAAGAGCAGCGCCCAGGACUAUGUGCAUCUUAACCAGCUUAUCCCGCCCAGCUGCUACGCCGAUCUUCAGCAGACCACCGACCACCUCUUUCUGGAGGGCUGCAUCGAGAAGGUGCAGAGUUUCUAUGAGAGCGACAAGCAGCGCUUCAUCAUUGUGUCCUGGGUUCUGGUUGCAUUCGAGUUGCUCUGCUUCGUCCUGGCCGUCUUUCUAGCCAUUAGCUUCCGCAACAAGCAGCGCCGCCUGCAGUUCUAGGAUGGCCCAGAAUCGACCUGAUCCCACAGUACAAAUGCUUCGGACUUUGGGUCUCUCAAGUAUUUCCCGCCUAGGCAUUUCAUUACAAACAUAACAACAACAAAAACCAAAGUCAUUCAUUAUUUACUCGUACCUAAGCCUUUCCUCUAAUUAAGUACAUCAUAUAGUCCAAUUAUCCAUUAUAAUUAUCAAAAUAAAUGUGUCUGUGUCUGUUUGAAAACGUUUCA